AUCAACCUCUGUAGCUCAGCUCUGUCAUUUAGUUAGGUUAGAUCGUCGUCAAACGUCGAACUCAAACCAACAUCGUGUUAGCCGGUGGUCUGUUCCAUUGCCCCAACUCUGCAUCAAGGACCAGUCAUUUGGAGCCAAGCUCUAGUUUAAAUUAAUGAAAACUGGCUGGGACCUUGAAAACAAAAGUUCAUUUGUCCGAAAAUAAUCGCUCACUACACAAGGUUACAAUGUCAGGAAGCACUCAAAAUAGGAGUUCUCUGCGUACCGUUGCAAGCAGACAAGUUGUGGUGUCUGUCUCCAGAGGAGCGGGGGCCAGACGUGUCACGCAAGGUCCAGUUCUGCGUCCAGCUCUUCGAAUGAACGCUGCUAUCAGGCCGCUAACACCUGCGCAGUUUGCCGAGGCGCAGGCGCAAAAUCAGCCAAGUGCAGCUGCCAGUGCUGCAAACAGAACUGGGCGCAUUGGCCGUCCUAGUCUUAGAGCCACUGUUGGCAGAGUUUUACAGAGAAAUUCUGUGGCUACUCGGCUAGCCACCAACGCUGCUAGAGCCCCUGUAGCUCCUGUGCACGGAAUUCCUCAACGAGUGAGGACUCGCCGGUCUGCUGCUAAUGAAAUCCCACCAGCCGCAAGUAUUCCAUUCGUAAACUCUACAAAUGUGUCUGAGUCACGAAUCUCUCUAUCUCAGCAAAACUAUCAAUGCCCGAUCUGUCUGUUGGACACUAAGAAUGAAAAUCUGCGAAUCCUCGCCACUCUGUGUGGUCAUGUCUUCUGCAAAGAGUGUAUCUUUGAGGCUUACAAAAAGAAAAAUAAUUGCCCCAUGUGCCAGAAGCCACUGGACCCAAGUCUCUUCCGUGAAAUUUUCAUCUAAAGACUUUAAACACUACAACAAUUAACGUCCUAUCUUACCAUCGAUUGUUAUUAAUUUACAUAUAACCUAAACAGUGUUACUAUAUAGAUACGAUUAUACUGUUUUUUGUUGUUCUUGAUCAUAUUGUGUAAUUAUCAUAUUGCGAUAUUAGUAAAGACUAUAUUGAGGUCUUUUGGCUGUUGAAAAUGUGCCACGUUAAACUGUAUAGUACAAUAUUUUGUGCAGUCAAAUUCUAGAUUAAGAUUUACUGUUGAUUAUUAUUUAGGUUAAUAUACUCCACAACAUGGCUCAAGUUAAAACUGUGUUCUGUGGAUAUUUAUUAUAUGAUUGAAACAAAAAAACCGAAAAGCCAAACAGCUAGAGUAAUAUUACCAAAGUUUAAUGGUUUUUUACUACUGGUAGUUAUUUUGAAUAAAAAAACUAAAAGGAAAAGCUAUACAGCUAGAAUAAUAUAACCAAAGCAUAAUAGUUUUUUUACUAGACUUAAUUAUUUUGAGAAAAAAUAAUGAAAAUCCAAACAGCUAAAAUAAUAAUACCAAAGUUUAAUGGUUUUUUACUAUUUGUAAUUACUUUUCAUCUAUUUUUAUAUUAUUUUAGUUCAAAUUGAAACUGUGUUUCGUGAAUAUUAUAAUAUGAUUGAAAGAAAUAAA